AUGCAGCAGCUCACGAUAUUCAUGGAUAUCGAAAGCUCCCGUUCAUAUAUCGAUGAGUUAUACUCAUCGGAGGCUGCAAAAACACAAGAGGCAUUAGUGACUUUAAAGAAUUCAGUGAUCGGUAGUAAUCGACAGAAAAGCUCCGUUAUACAACAAGGAAUUGUACCGAGAUUGUUACAGCUGAUGUCGGAUGAAGAAAUUGAUCCCAACAUUAGAUUAGAAGCUACUAUAACUAUUGGUUCAUUAGCAAAAGGUACUGCUGAGAAUGUUAAUUCAUUGGUAGAACAAGGUGCAGCAUUAGCUUUAGUAGAACUACUUAGAACAGUACCUAUUGGGACAAAAUUAAUUGAGGCAGCACUGUGCGCUUUAAGGAGUAUAUUUCUACACCCACCAGCACCCAUUACCACAUUGCCUGCUGAUAUGAUGCUUUUGUCAAGGCUAACACAGAUAGCACGCGAAGGCACACCUACGGCGCGAGCGUGUGUGGUGCGCAUUUUGUCGAUCUGGUGCGGAGGGCCGUUGGAGCAGGAGGCGCUUUGCGCCGCGGGGGCUUGUGGGGCUGCGGCGGCGCUUCUCUCCUCGCGCUCGACUCCGCCGCCGGCUCGCGCCUUGCCCGCCCUGGAUUUACUAGCCGCCAUGUGCUUUGAAAACGCCAGUGUGUCCCACACGGCCAUGAACACUAAGCAUGGUGAAAAAACGAUACCCGAACUUCUAACGUUUUUAGUGUCGCGCGACAAGCCUUUGCCCGUGGCUUUGGGUGCCGCACGAUGUCUUACUUUCAUUCACCGAGCUGGGGCUUUACCGUCAGACGACAACAGAGUGGUAUUCGGCGCUUUACCCUGUCUUGCUCGACUCUGUACGAAAGACAUGCCUGAGGACAUAAGGGCGACGGCCGCGGAGACUUUAGCGUACUUAGCAGAGGUGGACACCUCGCUGCAGAGGUUGGCAGCGAUAUCCAACCACUUGAUGAGCUCGCUGGCAGAAAUUGUAAACUGCCCUUCGGCCGCGGCGAAGCAGGGCGCCUUCAAGUGCUUCGCCUCCCUGGGCGCCAACGACGAGGACAUCAGGAAGAGGAUCAUCGAGACCCACGGGCUGAUGGUGCACGUGGUCAACGGGAUGAACAACCCAGAGCCUACCGUAAGACUAGCGGCUGUAAGAUGUUUGCACUCCCUGUCGAGAUCGGUACAGCAAUUACGGACUACGUUUCAGGACCACGCGGUGUGGCGGCCGCUGAUGCAGCUCUUGAACGAUUCGCCGGGCAACGAGCUGCUCACCGUCGGCUCCUCCACGCUCUGCAACCUGCUCUUGGAGUUCUCGCCCGCCAAGGAGCCGAUGCUGGACCAAGGCGCUGUCGAAAUGUUAUGCAACUUAACGAAGAGGCCCGAAGCCGCGCUGAGGCUUAACGGAAUUUGGGCCCUUAUGAAUAUGGCUUUUCAGGCCGAGCAGAAGGUGAAGCAGCGCAUUCUGUGCUGCUUGGGCACCGAGCAGAUGUUCCGUUUGCUGGGCGAUAGCGACACGCGCGUGAUCAUGAAGACCCUUGGCCUCCUGAGGAACCUCCUCUCCACCAGGCAGCACAUAGACGCGAUAAUGGGCGAAUACUCCUCACAAGUCAUGCAGGCGGUGAUUGUCGUAUUAGAGGGAUCAUAUCCGGCCGAAGUGAAAGAGCAGGCUUUGUGCAUAUUGGGUAACAUCGGCGACGGCGAGAAGGCGAAGGAUCUCAUAAUGGCCAACGAGGAUGUUCUGCGGAAAUUGGUCGAUUACCUGGCGCACCCCGAGAGCAAGCUGCAGGAGGCGGCGCUGUUCGUGGCGGGCAACCUGGUGUGGCGCGGCGAGGCGGGCGCGGCGGCGCGGCAGGCGCGCCUCGCCGACCUGGGCGUGCUGCGCGCGCUCAAGCUGCUCUACGCGCGCCACGACGCCAAGCACCUGCACGACAAAGUGACGACAGCCCUGGCACAGUUCAACGAGUUCACA